AUGCAUGGGUGCCUUGACUCUGGUUCAGUAUUGGUUGCCAUGAACUACAAUAUGUGGAAAGAUCUGAAAGUACCAUAUUAUCCAGACUCAGUCAUCAACAUGGAAAGUGCAAAUGAUCGAGCAAGUAGCACAUUAGGAUGUGUUCAUAACCUUUGUGUGACUAUCGGACCUAUAUCUCUCUUCUUACAAGUCCAUAUUGUCUGCAAAUCACCAUUCAAUUUGCUUCUUGGACAACCCUUCCUCACAUUGCUCAAGUGCCAGUCUUUAGACCUAUUGAAUGGGGAUCAACAACUAAUGCUAACAUGCCCCAAUACCACAAUAACAAUCAUUAUUCCAACCCAGAACUGGGCCCCUUGA